CUAGCAUCUUGCAAUCCUUGGCAGGAGGCGAAAUUGAGAAAGGUGGAAAUUCGAUCUGAUCUGAUGGAUGCUCAUAUGUAUGCAUUCAAGAGGUCUGUUUUGCAAGAUGUUUUAGAUCGAAAGGAUGCAUUUCAAAGCUUAAAACAGGAUGUGCUUCCAUAUCUUGUUCGGAGCCAGCUGCAAUCAGAGGCUUUACCAAAAGGUGCACCACUAGUGGAAGAAAACGGAAAUGAGAAGGUCAGCACCCAGAACAACCAAGCAAUGGUGUCUCAAAUACUUGCUAAUGCAUCUACCCCAAGCUUUCAUGAAUCCUAUGAAUUGGGUCCUAAUGGUUCUGCUUCUGUUCGGAGAACACAUAAAUGCGGUGCAUAUAUUGCCAGCAAUAGCAAGUACUGUGUGCGGUUAAAUUCCAUACAAGCAUUCAUGGACAUCAAUCGAGAUGUGAUUGGUGAGGCAAAUCAUCUGUCAGGGUAUUCGUUCUCUGCCCAUAAUAACAUCAUACAUCCAUCAGCAGAGCUUGGAUCAAAAACUACUGUUGGACCUCAUUGUAUGCUGGGAGAGGGUUCACAAAUGGGUGAUAAAUGCAGUGUGAAAAGAUCUGUUAUUGGGCGUCACUGCCGGAUAGGUUCCAAUGUAAAGAUUGUCAAUUCAGUUGUAAUGAAUCACGUAACAAUUGCUGAUGGUUGUUCAAUACAAGGUUCUGUGAUUUGCAGCAAUGUACAGCUUCAAGAGCGAGUUUCAUUGAGAGAUUGCCAGGUUGGAGCGGGUUUCGUAGUCACUGCUGGGAGUGAGUACAAGGGAGAAUCAUUGGCUAGAAAAGAGAAAUGAGUGAAAUCACAAGUCGAAGGCUAGGAAAAGAAACUUUGAUGCUAACUGCCUUGUUUAGUUUGCUGUAGUUUGUAGAGCAUACCUAUUGUUAACUGCUGCAGCAACUGAAAUGGGCAAGAAAGAAGCUAAGGAAUCCCAAUAUCAAUGAGUUUGCCCAUCAGCUUCCAUUUUGUCAUUUUAUUUUAUUUUUUGUGAUUGGUUUGCUUGUAUUUGAUGAAUUGGUGACCAUCAGAUAUACUUUAAUAUGAUCACAAAGGGAUAUAUAUACAUUUGGUUUGUUGGCUUAUGUAUUGUUGUAAUAUAUGAAUUUAUAUUUA